AUGCUUCUCCUAAUCAAGUCUAUCUACAAUAUUUUAGUGCUUGCUAUCUCAACCGCUGCUUUGGUUGUCUUAGUAGGCUACGUAAAGAGCACCUAUGACUUGGACAUCGCAUCCUCUCCAAAGGCAAUGCUUAACCUGAAGGAGAUAUUGCUUCCACCCCUGCUGAAUCUUCAAAUCUUCAUUUUCAUAUUCGAUGCAGUUGUGGCACUCUACUAUAUUUACAACUGGCCAAUAUGGGAUGGAAUAAAGAAGAGAUUCGUAUACUACCAAUUCGAAGCAACACAAGUUGAGAAGCAAGACGUGAGCAGCUUACUCUUAAACACCGUCUUUGUCAUAUUGACAAAGGGAUUAGCUCUUGCCAUUCUUAUCACCAUGCAAGCUUUCUGCAAAAGAGAAAUGGAUAAGCUUCACGAUAGAUUUCAAUACAAGCCCGAAGAUAAAGAAUCAGUCAGUUCUUUAAGCCUAUAAAUCUCAAACUGCGGAGUCGGCAUUGCCUUAGACUCCCUGUUAGCUGUUUUAUUAUUAGUCAGUAUCGUCAUCAAUUGUGCUACAGUUGGUACUCCCCUUUAAUCUAAAAACAAGAGCCGUACGGAGAGAAAAUAUCAAGAAAUAGUAUAAGAAGGAGAACGUCCGGAUCUAAGCUAAUCUGUAGAAUCAAACUGA